CACGUCGCGCACGAUGACGCGCGCGGGGGUCGCACCGGAAGAGCACGUGUUCGUCACGACCGUGACGACGAUCACGGAGGACGUCGCGGAUGGGAUAUACUGUCAGCGCAUGGCGCUGGACGCGCGCAAAUGCCGCGGCGCGUGGCUCAGCUUUUGCGAUUUUUUGUUCAACGUGUUGAAGAACAACAAGGGCGUGUCCAUGCCCGGCCUCGGGUCGUUCGCCAUCGGGCAGUGCGUGGACGCGCUCAGCGGCAGCAUGCAAACGUCGCGCGCGCCGGUGUUCGUCUUGAGCGAGAGGUUCAAAUCCGUCCCGCAGCACAAGUCGCGGUUCUACCUCAAGACGCCCGCGACGUAUCAACGAAUCAACUCGCUGGCGCUCGCGAGGCGAUGUAAGAUGCACAAGUCCGCGCUGACGCACGUGCUGAAGGAAAUCUUCGCCGCGAUCGCGGCGUGCGUGCGCGAGGGCGAGCCCGUGGACAUCGACUUCACGUUCGCGCGCUUAUCCAACGUGAACGGCCCGAUCGAGAUGCGAUUCAACCAGAGCUUCCUGAACGACUACGGCAUCGACGCCGACGAGCACCCGCCGUCGACGCGGCACCACUUCCUUCCCAUACACCCGAAGCACGAGCUCACGAAGAAGGUCACGACCACGACCCCGGAGAUCGAGCGCAUCAUCGCGAAGAAAGAAGCCCUGAAGGCGCUCAGGGCGGCCAAGGCGAACCCGCACAACACGAGCCUGUCCAUCGCGGGCAGAAACGCGCUCGCCGGGGAGGACGGCGACGCGCUCGACGCCGCCACCGCGGGGGUGAAGCCCGCGUCCGUUACCGCGGACGCGGUGAUCAGGUCCGCGGUAACGGACGCGGGGAAGACGUUCAUGAAGAUUUGCUCCAAGCACGACCGCCUCGGCAGCGGCGCGGUGGGGAGGCUCGUCAUCGAGCGCAUCUUAAACGGCCCGGAGUGCUCCGGACUCAUCGCCGACCUCAGCGCGAAGGCGGUGUUCGACGCGAUGAACGACAACGCGGGCGGGAGACUGAAGCGGUUCGUGUACUACAAACCGCUCCUGGCGACGUUAGAGGCGGCGAGGGAGACCGCGAGCGCGCUGUGGCCGUCGCUGCCGGAGUCGGCGUGGAACGAAGAGGAGGUGGCGGCGAUCGAGGAGGAAAAAGCGGAAGCCGCCGCGCUCGCCGCCGACGCGGAGAUCGACGCGGAGAUCGAGAACGCGAUAAACACGAUGAAGUUCGCGGACCUCCCGCCGCGGCCGAAGACCGCGGGCGCGGCGGCGGUGGCGAGCGGCGUCCCCGAGGGCGCGGAGAGCAUCGCGGACCUGGUGAGCACGAUGGGCGUGCACACGAGAGGGUUGGACCGCGUCGAGAUUUCGAAAUUCAACCGCCAGUACGGCCCAGCGCUCAGCUCGUUCCGACGCGGCAGCGCCGGGGAGGUCACGCCGAAGGUGACGAACAACCGCGCGAUGGAGCUGUCGUUCAAACCCAAGGGCGCGGUGAACCCGCUCGGGGCGUUUCUGCAGUCGCAGAUGGACCAGAAGGCGGCGGCGGAGAGGGCGGAGAAGGCGGCGACGAAGGCGCUCGCCGACGCGCUCGUCGCGGACGCGAAGGCGUCCAUCGCCGCGGAGGAGGCGACGACGAGGCAGAAGAACGAGAAGAUCGCGAGCGAUCUGUUGUCGGGGUGGGAGAUGCAGCUCACGGCGCGGAACACGAUAAAGAAGAACCUGGACACGCUGGAGAGGUCGUGGCCGUUCGGACCGGCGCACGUGAAGCCGUCGACGCCGCUGUACUUUGAGAGCAGCAGGCGGUGA